AUGGAUCACAUGGAGUAAUUGUGUUAGUCUGAAUAAUAGAAACCUCAAUACCAAUAACUUGUAUUGCCAAUUUACUAAUAAUAACUGUUCGUUUCUCACGGACCAAAAUUGGGAAGAAGUGUACAACUUAAAUGCAAGGGUUUCGAUUAAGUUGAUUCUCAUCAAUCUGGCGAUCCAAAUUAUCAUCAAAUUUCAUAGAAUCAGUAAUCCUUUAAUGGCAAAACAGUUCAUUCCUAAAUGCAGUCCAUGGUAUCUCAAGAAAUAAAAACUGAAGGUUUAAAAGUUUUGGUAACUGAGGAAGCAAGAUAAAAAAAAAUAAUCUUAAGAGGAGAUUCUGGAUUAUCCUGGUAAUCAGAACUAAGACUUGAGAUUAAACCUGAAGAAUAAUCAAAAGAAUCAAAAGAUUUAUAAGAAUGUCAAAUCUGCUAUGUUGAUAAACCCAAAGAAUAAUUCAUAGCCCCACUAAAUUGCAAACAUGACUUCUGUAGUGAUUGUCUCUCUUAACAUCUCACUUAAAACAUUUUGAAGGGCAACGUUCUAAGUAUCACUUGUCCACAAACUUCGUGUACUGUAGCAUUUAAUGAUGAACAAAUUAAAGGGCUAGUUUAGGAGAAGAUAUAUGAAAAAUAUAAGAGAUUCUAUAACAGACAAGUAAUUAGUUAGAACAAAAAUGUGAGAUGGUGUCCAAAACCAGAUUGUGAAAAUUAUGUAAUAGGAAAUGGAAAUGAUUUACUUACUUGCAUUUGUGGAUAAUCUAUUUGUUUUCAAUGUGGGAAUCAAUAUCAUAAAGGAAUGAAUUGCAUUUAAGCUAUGGAUGCUCAAUAUUUGUAAGCCAGAAAGGAUAAUCUAAUAUUUGAUUGUCCCAGUUGCAAGGCUCCUAUCCAAAAAAAAGGAGGGUGCAAUCACAUGACCUGUUACAAAUGCAAAUAUUAAUUCUGUUGGCUAUGCAGAGGCAAGUAUUCCUCAUAUCAUUAUGUAAUUUUCAACGUAUUCGGAUGUGUCUUCCCUGGUGGAUAGGGAUCCAAUCUCUAACCUUUCAAAAAUCCUAUGUUGCUAAGAGUUAUGAUGAUCAUUCCAAAAAUAUUACUUACUAUUGUCCUCGUUUCAGUAUUAUUAGCCCUUUUGCCAUUCUUCCUCAUGUACUUAAUAGUUGCAGCUCCUUAUGAACUUUCUAGAAGACUAUGUGGAUUUAGAUUAAGAAGAUAUAGAUUAGGAGGCAAAAUAGGUUUUGGAAUACUUUACUUCUUUUUGGGAGUAUUAUUAUCCCCUUUGACAGUUGCCAUUGCCAUACUGGUCAGCCCGUGUUUUUUGAUAUUUUAUUUGUUGGAUAAUAUCUGA